AUGCAGCAGCGAACUGACGGACAGUCGAUGGACGGCGAGGAAGGCGGCCACGGCUCCCUCGUCGCCUCUGGCCGCGAGGCCGAGGGAGCCAGGCGACCUCCCGCGCACGCAUCCGUCUCCUACGAGAGGCUCAGGCUGCUAAAGCAGACCGUCGACGCCGCCGUCAAGGAGCACCGGGUAUUUUCGGUGGCUGGUGCGUUUCCAGCAAUUCGGCAGGCACUAAAACAGAGGGGCUGGCUGGAAAAGAGCAGCUGCUCCUUGGCACGCAAGAAAAAGCAGACACUGAAACACUCUGAAGGCUCAACGAGCAACAUUUUCGACAUGGAAGACCCGCUGUUGAUCGCCCGACUGCUACGAAAUUGUGUUCCCGACCUCGUGUGGGCUCUGCGGUCCGACACAGUCGACUGGCGCAGUUUGAACCGUUGGCAGCUGGUCAACCGCUUUCCCAAAGCCCUGUUCACCACGAAAGUCGGCCUGACGAACGCGCUGCAACACAUGCACUGGUUCACCGAGCAAGGCGUCUCGGAAACUUUCUUCCCGCGCAGCUACUGCGUCUCGCAAGCGGACGAAAUGGACGCGUUCGUCGCCGAUUUCAGGCUCACCGCUUGCUUCAGUCUUCUCCGCCACGUGAUCAAAAGCAAUUCUGACCAAAACACACCUAUCAUGCCAAAACAGAUCUGGAUACCGCCGAAAGCAGUGCAGUUCGCGAUGAGUCGGGCGAAAGAGCACACACGGCACUUGAAACACGAGGACGUUGACGACCCCGAAAUCACGCACAAGGUCUGGGACUGCGAGUGGGACCAGUUUUUGACUUACUACUACCAGACUGUCCACGAAUGUGCUCUCGUCGCUUGGGACACUCCCCAGCAAAAGGACGACAAUUUUGCAUCGAUGGCCGAGCUUUUGAACCAAUACCUGCAUCUGCAGCCGUACUCCUCGCAUGACGGAACUUUAAACCUGUGGAUCGUGAAGCCGGGCGCCCGUUCUUGCGGGCGCGGAAUCCAAAUCAUGAGCCGGCUGGAGAACAUCACGGCCCGAACCCAGCCUGGGAUCGGCAAGGAGGCGCGAUUCGUUGUGCAAAAGUACAUCGAAAGACCAAUGCUGAUUUACGAGACGAAAUUCGACAUCCGCCAGUGGUUCCUGAUCACCUGUGCGCAGCCGCUUACGAUUUGGAUGUACAGGGAAAGUUACUUGAGGUUUUGUUCGCAAAUUUUCGACCUGCGCAACCUUCACGAGUCGGUCCACUUGAGCAACAACGCUGUGCAGUGCCGAUAUAGGAACUGCGAGCGCGACAAAUCGCUGCCUGAUGAAAACAUGUGGGACUGCUACACUUUCCAAACGUACCUUCGUUCCAUUGGCAGGGCUGACGCGUGGGACGAGAUAAUCUACCCUGGCAUGCGUACGGGGAUUAUCGGCACAAUGCUGGCUUCGCAAGACUGGCUGCAGGACUGCCAGAAAAACUGCUUCGAGCUCUACGGCGCCGACUUUUUGCUCAGCGAGAACGACCUGCAGCCGUGGCUGCUCGAGAUCAACUGCUCACCCUGCAUGGCGCCCAGCACCAGCGUGACGGCCAGAAUGUGCGCUCAGUGCCUCGAGGACGUUUUGAAAGUCGUGGUCGACAGGCGCGACGACAAGGAGGCGUCGACGGGAAUGUUUGAGCUCAUCUACAAGCAGAACACCCCGCCUGCCCCGCCGUACCAGGGGGUUGCCCUGGGGGUGAAGGGUCGCAGGAUGAUGGCCCAGAGGCAGAAGCGGCGCAAGAGGAGAAGCAAGAAGAAAAACGACGACAGCGAAUCUUCAAGUUCUGAAACAACGGAGUCUGAAUCCACGGAGGACGAAAAUAAGCUUAAUUUGGUCGGACAGCAUCGAGUUAUGAUGGAUUCGCCUUUAAAGGUGGUAAAAGCCGACCUGAACGCACCAAAGCGGAAGCAAACAUCGCAGCCGCAACUGUUCAACUUCGAACUGCUGAACAACCUGAACCAACUGACCCAACCGGCGGCCAUCUCGGCGGCCGAGUUGCGGUCGCGGCUGGAGCACCUGCUGCUGGAAAAGAACCAGGCCAAGGAGAGGGAAUCGCGGCCGUCCAGCUCGAUGCAAAUCCACACGACGGGCUCGAGCAGGCCGCAAUCGGCUUCGACGCCGCGUCCGGCCAAAAACAAAGGGCAGAAAAUCAACGGUGGGAAGUUCAAAGGAAAAGUUUCCGGCAAGAUUAUGAGCGUGGUGGAGAGGAGCAGCGAGUCCAGCAAAGGCAAACAACGCGGCAGGGCCGUGACCGCAAAAAAGAGGUGCAAAAGUGUAGAAAAAGAAGCCCCGAAAGCCACCGAGGAGGAGGUGGUGGAAGAGGAAAAGCAGGAAGAGACCACCAGUCCUCGGCAGGAACUGAUGCUGCAGCCGGACAAUUUGCGCAGCGCCAAGGUGAAGCUGUCGUGCAUCGCCGUGGAAAACUCUGAGUGUUUCCGCGACCCGAGCAAGUCGCUGGCGCUGGUGAAGGAGUGGCGCCGCCGCCUCGAGACGACCAGGGCCAGCUGCGAGCAGAUGCUGGCCCAGCUCAAGGCCUUCAGGGACCCUCCAUCGGGGAGAUCCAGUCUUUCAACUCUUUACAACCUCUCGCAGGCAGGAUAGACGCAGUUGCAGACGGAUUUAAAAUUUUAAACCAAAAUUGGAGAUUAAAAAUCAGUCAAUACGGUUUUUGUUUAAUUUGUCUUUCAUAAAAUUAAGGUGGCACUAAAGUUAUACACGCACAAGUUAUUGAAAUGGGGAUUGUCAAGGACGAGCUGUUUUUUUAGGUUUCUCACAGGUUUUUGCAGAUAAAAUCAUACCCCUAAUUUUGCGAAUUUAAUUUUACGCCAAUUAUUGUUAAAAUUUGUCUCACAGUAAUUUUUGCUGAAUUCUAUGAAUAUUUUU